ACCACCCACACUCUCCGCUGCCGAGCCCCGCGCAUAUAUAAAGACCGCGACUCAAUCCCAACAGGCUAUCUCCAGCCACGAUGUCCAAGCCCGCUGUCCUCUAUGUCUUCGGUCUGUCUGUCUGGUCCGCGGUUCCAGAACUAGCCGUUGAGGAGGUUGGAUACCCUAGCGGCGCCAUCGAGAAGAAGGUUGUCAAUCUCGUCGAGGGUGCCAACUUCACGCCCGAAUUCCUGCACCUCAACCCGAAGGCGACCCUCCCUACUCUGCAGGUUGAUGGCAAGGUCUUGACAGAUACCGCGACGGUGACGGCCUGGAUUGUGAAGCAUGGCCAGAAGAAGGUGAUCCCCGGCACCCAAUUCAUUGCCAAGCUGCACGAGGACAAAUAUGACCCGAACUUCCCCCUACUUCUGGUGCGCAAUGAGGAUGAGCUGAAGGCUGCCUCAUCUGGCUUCCCCUUGACUUUUGUUCAGAAUCGUCAGGACGCUCUGGAGAAGUACUCUAAGACACCGGAGGCAGCUGCCUUCAAGCAGUUCUACGAAGAGAAGAUCGCGUCAAACGGCAGUGUCCUCGCCAUCUACAAGGGCGAGGCGCCCGAAGACGCCAAGGCCGCGUUCUUCAAACAGUCCACGGAGCACUGGGAAACCAUCUCCGCGUUCAUUGUCAACGACCUCCCGUCUCUGCUGCCCGAAAGCACGUUCCUUGGAGGUGCUAUCCCCGGAGAGGACGAUUUCCAUCUCGGCGGUUGGCUCGCACGUCUUGUGCACAUCGCGGGCGGGAAGAUUGGCAAAGACGGCAUCAAUGCACUUGAGAAGGAGACAAAGCAGCCGAUCCCUGAGAAGGUUGUCGCGUAUUGGGCUUCAUGGAACGAGAGGCCCAGCUGGCAGAAGGUGUACGCCGAGGGUCUGCACUGAUUUCUCUGAGUCGGUAUUAGUCUGGGUAUUGUACUAGCCUCGUCGUGGAAUGCUCUUCUUGUACACUACAUGUUCCAUAGCCUUCCGUGUCCUAUUAGUUUCUCCCUUGCGAUGUAGUAUAUUCCUUUCCACAGCUGAGCGUCUUGAUGUCCGCAUUCACUAACAAGGUUCAGACCGCG